CCUCCUUUUGGUCACCCAGAAUAUAUCGAGCGAGCGUGUGAAAUUGUAAAUUUGUAAAAAGAUGGUGAAGAAAAGUUAAAUCUUCGUGUUUUAAAAAUAUCUCUUGAAAUUAGUUUUGAUUCAGAAAUACAUCAUGAAACUAAUAAUUAAAAAAUUGCAAGGGGGCGAAUGCACUCUGGAGGUGCAACCUACGACGUUUAUAUCUGAAAUAAAGCGUCAAGUGACUACCCAGCUCGGCAUUCCCGUCGAAGAACAGAAACUGCUUCUACUCGGCCGCACUUUAUCCGACGAGCAGACAGUGCAGUCCUACCCGUCAAUAAAAGAUGGAACCAAGCUGAACUUGGUGGUUAAGAAGCCUGAAGGCCUCUUCGAAGUGGCAGUAAAGCAUUUCAGGAAUCAAGGAAUGACAGACAGAGAGUCAGUUGAUGCAGCUAACAGAAUGAUAAAGGGUAUUGAUGAUAAAAUUAAAAGAAUGUCUUGGGACGACAUUGAUAGGCUAUGCUACAACUGCUUGCAAGAUGAGAAACGUGAAGCUGGCCUGGUUACCACAGAGCAGGAGACAGAGUGUGAUGAUACAUUUGCUAUGUGACCUCAACAGCAGUCUCGGGGAUCAUUUGAUUGUUCAACAAUCAUGUAACUGUGCUGGACUUUGCUUUUGAAUCUAAGUGUCUAUUAUGGUCAAUGUAGUAGUAGACAAGUAGACUUUCAUCAUAUAUAUUGUCUUGGUAACAGGUUUAACCAAUUAUACUGAAGACUAGUAAUAUGUUUAAAGAAAAUAUAAAUGUUUAAGCUGUGUAACAGAAAUGAAAUAAAGUAAUAAGUUAAAUGUU